UUUGUAUAAAUUGUUAUAAAUAUUUGUAGUGGUCUUUUUGUGAGUGAAUACAUUUGUGCACAUAGAAAAAUAUAUUCAUAAACGAAAACUAUGUGAGUGGUGUGAGAACAAUGAUAGUUUAAAUGUUACUUAUACAAAAAUAAACUAAAAUUAUUGUAAAAUAUCACCACGAUUAAUUGAUAUCUGAAAAUAUGAAAUCGUGUCAGUUGAACGAGUAUUUUCCUUCGUGUAAUAAAAGUCAUAUUUGAUUUUGGUUUUAUUACAUUCAGUCACAUCUCACAAUGUUCGAAGUGAUAACAAGAGAUGUUUGGCAAGCUGAGGUCACUUUUGACGAACAACCACUUGAACGACCCGCAGGCCAUGUAUUCUACACCUUGACCGACUGUUCGCCAUGCUUCGGAGUUGAUCAAUGUGCCGCCACCUUGAGGGCACUGCAGAGGCGAUAUGUGAUGAUCAAACAGAUGAUCGACAUACCGUACAAUUUCAUGAUAGGCGGGGAUGGGAGAGUGUAUGAGGGCCGUGGAUGGGGCAUCGCCCCCGACCUGCCCAAAAGAAUCCAAAACUUCGAGGACAAUGCUUUCAAUUUGCUCUUCAUGAUGAACAACAUUGGAGAACCCGUUCCUAGAGCAAUGCUUGAGAUAAAGGACGAAAUUAUUAAGUACGGCAUCCAACAUGAUUUGAUUGUAAGACUACCAAAACUGCAUAAACCUAUCAGACAGGUGUUGUAGGGUAGCUGUGUAUACUCAGUGAUACAGAGGGGCUGAAAAUUUUAUAACAUGUUCUAGCUUUCCGUACUUAUAGAACUGGACUGUUCGUGAAACCAUCGUCUUCAUACGAAUAAUAAAUCGUUAUCAAAUUUACAGAAUAUUAUCGAUUUCUAAGUCUCUCCGAAAUUGGUAUUUCGAGGGUUAACUAUUUCAUUUUGAUAUGUGUAAUGUAAAACAGACUGUUAAAACUAUACGAAAAAAAAAUUAAAUUAGUUUAUGUUGUUAAUUAAUAUUUUCGUUCAAAUUUUCGUUCAAUUUUUAUCACAUAAUCGUCUAUGAAAUAACGAACAGCUGUUCGGAUCAAGAUUAUGUCUAUUUGCCAUUGAUCAUGGGCAAAGAUAGUCUAAGAUAAAAUUUAUGGUUACUAUACAAAUUUGUAUGGACGAGGGAAUGAGUUUAAUUACUUAAGACAGUAAGUGCUAUUCAAGUUAAAUUUAUGACUUUUGAUGAUCAUAGAAACUUACCCAAGGGUGUUCUAAGCUUAAAAUGAAAUUGGAAGCCAAACCUACUUCUAACUGCUAUUGUUUUUCUUUUGCCGUUGUUUUUGUUUUUCAAAAUUAUUGUGUAUUGGGUUAAACAUAAUUAAGAGUCAUUCGAGGCUAUCGAUCUUCUUGUGUGAUUUUUAACAGCUGCUGAAGAGUUAAUUAUCAUCAAAACAUAUUUUUCCAAGCACCAAAGUGACUGUAAUUUAAAUAUCUAGGACAUGGUGGGAGUAAAAAUGUUCUUUGUAGUUUUAUAUUGUUUUCCAAGAGAGUCCAUGGAAGCAAACGGCCAUCUUGGGUUGGCCCGCCAUAAGAGCAAUGUUAAUUUCGUUAAUUUCAAACAGUUGCCGGAGAUUUAUUUACCCUCUCAAAAUAUUUUUUUUCAAAUACGAAAGUGAUUGUAAUUUAAAUAUUUAGUGCACUGUGAGAUUAUAAAUUGUUUUUGUAGUUUUUGUAACUGUUUUAUGAGUUAGAACGUUUAGCUAAGGACUCUUAAACAUGAAUCCAAUACCCAACCCAGAAUAACUUCAGAACGUGUGACCUCCCCCACUGUUAAGCCCUUGUGUAUUAAAAGUUCUUUAAGUCUGUAA